AUGUCUGAGGAACAGCUGAACAAGCAGGUCCGGUUGCACCGCCAUCUCUGCAAAACUGACCCGGCUGGUCGCCCAAUCCAACCAGUCCUCGGCCCUAGCACCAUUCGCCUGGAGCAAUCCGACACUCACAUCGAGCAGCAGCGGCCUCUCUUCACAAUGCCAGAAUACAGUAGCACCACAACAGCCGCAGAACUCUCUAUAUACCUCUGGUGA